AAUUUUUGUUUACACAAUGUAUAUAUAUAUAUAUUUGUAUGAUCCUUUUUUAAUAAAGUGUAUGGACGUUGCAUCUACAGAGGGCGCUCGCUCCAAUCGACUAUUGUCAAACUCUUGACUUGCCUUGUUUGUUUUCAAGGCUUAAUGGUUGAUGCUAAGGAAUAGUUAAACUGGUUGAGAGUAUUGCAAACGGUAGAAUUAAAAAAAAAUCGGGAAUCAUACUCAAUGUCCAUCUAAAAAGGCAAACUGAGAUCGACAUUUUCGAGGCGAACUCUCGACUAAAAAGUAACAUACGGGUUAUCAUCGUAGAACUUGACCGUUAGCCACUAUAGCGUGAGCAGGUUAGUGCUAGCUAACUUGAUAAACGUUUUAUUUUUAUUUUAUUGGACGUUUCUGGUUAAUUACAAUGAGACAUGCAUACAAGCUAAGUUAGCAUAAUAUACUAAGAAUAUACAUCACCAUAAUCGUCAAUGUUUUCGCCUCGGAAUGUUGUUCACCACCAGUGCUAACUAGCAUGUUAGCAAUGGUAUGUUGCAGGUAGUUAAUUAGCCGGGGUUUGAAUGGUGACUGACGCCUAGUUAUAAGGCCCUAAAACGGCCAGUAGAAAUUUGUAAAUAAUAUUUUAACAUUACUGUAUGCGCCAUUUUUUUAGGUUGCUACAGUGGUUGAGUUGUAUUGGAACUCAUUAGCUAACGUUAGCUACGCUAGUGGGGGCGCUUUGGGAGUUAAGCCAGAAUGCCAGAUACACAACGACCAUGUCGGAAAAAUUUAUAUAACGCACAGCCCUUCUAGACAUCAAAUUGGUCACCUCUAGCAAUUGUGACUUUUCUAUGUAAACUGACAGCUGCAUUAUUGCAUUAAGUUAAUGCAGUUUUGCACCAUCCUACAGUUGGAGUUGUUGGUGCCAGUGCGGUUAAGUUGCGUACAUAGAUCCACGUUUCAACUGGAUUGAGAUAGUGACUUGCUAUCAGUCGUCUUGCCAGACAUACAAUGUCAGAAAACCAGGGCAACGUGAACAAUAACGUUCCGCUAAAUAACAAUGGCGGGGCGAACAGAAUGCGAAACCCUAAUAUCAACCAGAACCCACUCAUCAAUGUUCGAGACAGACUUUUCCAUGCCCUAUUCUUCAAGAUGGCAGUUACCUAUGCCAGAUUGUUUCCACCAUCUUUCAGAAGAAUCUUCGAGUUCUUUGUCCUAUUGAAGGCCCUGUUUGUGCUCUUCAUCCUGGCCUACAUCCACAUUGCCUUCUCCCGCUCGCCCAUCAACUGCCUGGAGCACGUGCGGGAGAAGUGGCCGCGUGACGGCAUCCUGCGCGUGGAGAUCCAGCGCAACUCGUCGCGUGCGCCCAUCUUCCUGCAGUUCUACGACACGGAUGGCUUCCAGGGCCUGGUCAAGGAACCAGCGGGGGAGGGAGAGGGAGGGCUGGGCCUGGCCGCGCUGCACCACGAGGAGGACGACGAUGAGGAGGAGAUGACCCUGGAGAUGUUUGACAACAGCUCUGUGCAGUUUGAGCUAGACAUCGAGCCGCGGCUGAAGCCCUCGCUGAGCGGCAUCGGCCUUGGGGGAGGGGGCCUCAACGACAGCCAGGACCUCUCCUUCAGCCAGUCGCCCACUAAAGGUAUGCAGCCGCUGAGGGAGACAGUCUCCGAGAUUGAGAUGCUAACACGAGCAGUGUGGCCUCAGGAGGAGUACAUAGUUGAGUACUCUCUGGAGUACGGCUUCCUCCGCUUGUCCCAGACCACCCGGCAACGCCUCAACAUCCCCGUCAUGGUCGUCACGCUGGACCCAAUGAAGGACCAGUGCUUUGGGGACGGCUUCAGCCGCUUCCUCCUGGAUGAGUUCCUGGGCUACGAUGACAUCCUGAUGUCCAGCGUCAAGGCCCUGGCCGAGAACGAGGAGAAUAAAGGCUUCCUCAGGAAUGUGGUGUCAGGGGAACACUACCGAUUUGUCAGCAUGUGGAUGGCCCGCACCUCCUAUCUGGCUGCCUUUGUCAUCAUGGUAAUAUUCACCCUGUCGGUGUCUAUGCUGCUGCGCUACUCCCACCACCAGAUCUUCGUCUUCAUCGUGGAUCUGCUGCAGAUGUUGGAAAUGAACAUGACCAUCGCCUUCCCAGCAGCCCCUCUGCUCACCGUCAUCCUGGCUCUCGUGGGCAUGGAGGCCAUCAUGUCGGAGUUCUUCAACGACACCACCACCGCCUUCUACAUCAUCCUCAUCGUGUGGCUGGCCGACCAGUACGACGCCAUCUGCUGCCACACCAACACCAGCAAACGUCAUUGGCUGAGGUUCUUCUAUCUGUAUCACUUUGCGUUCUACGCCUACCACUACCGCUUCAACGGCCAGUACAGCAGCCUGGCUCUGGUCACCUCCUGGCUCUUCAUACAACACUCCAUGAUCUACUUCUUCCACCACUACGAGCUACCGGCCAUCCUGCAGCAGAUCCGCAUCCAGGAGAUGCUGCUGCAGAACCAGCAGGCGGGCCAGGGGGGAAACCAGACGGCCUUGCAGGACAACCUUAACAACAACACCACCGCAGCAGCUGCAGCUGGAGGAGCGGCUCCAGCCCGGGGGGGGGCAGCCAAUGGCCAGGUCCAACUGCCAGACGAGCCCCAGGCGGCUUCAGCGGCCCAGGCCCAAGGUACAGCGACCCAGGCUUUCCAGUCUAACAGCAUGGCCAGCAGCACUACGUUAGAAGGGGCCCGGGAAGAGUUGACGAUGACGACGGAGCUGGACUGGAUGGCGGAGACGGCGGCCAUCAUCACGGAGGCCCUGUCCUCCUCCUUGGCUCCCCAGCUGGAGAGCACGGAAGGGGGGUUGCUGGGGGAGGCCGAAGAGGUGGGGGGGGUCAUGGUUUCUGAGGCGGGCCUCAGCGUGGUGGCGGAGAUUCGAAUGGGGGGUGGGGGUGGAGGAGGAGAGGGUACAGAUGGCCUCAUUCCCAGUUUGGUUCCAGUGGAAAUCAAAACCGUAGGGGCCUGCAGCAGCAGUGCAGCUGGCUUAGGCCCACCUCUUCCUCCCUCUCCUCCAAUAGGAGGACAUCAGGAAGCAGAGACUAGCUUCUCUAGUGUCAGUCCCUUCCUCCUUCCUCCUUCUCCUCCACACACAGACUGCAGUAGUGCAGGGGCUGGGGAGCCAGAGAGCCCUGGGCAAAGCCCCACAGACUGGGAGCCCAAGACAGAGGAACCCCCCCAGCCCCACUCCGUCCUGAGCCCCCCUACUCCAACUCACGUAUGCUCCCACACGCAGAGGCAACAUGUCUUCUCCCCCCCUCAAUUCCUCUUCCAACGCCGCAAGAUUGCCGCCGUGGCUAUAUUACUGUAAUCUCAUUCUUACGACACCAAGGAGAAGCGGGGGAUGGAAAGCUAAGAAAAGGCGCCCCCUCCACUCUCCUCUAGAAUCUCUGCUACAAUAAUGUUUUGUUUUGCUUUUAGUUUCCCCAUCCUUAGUGGGACAGUGACUUUUUCCAUCCGUCGCAGAGUUUUUGCUCAAAUUAUGUGUGAUACACCAACUUUGCUGCAAAGUUGUGGAAUCGUUCAGGAAAGGCUACCAUGACAUUUUGCCAUGUGAUAUUUGUGUUUGUUUAUGAUUGAAAGUUGAUUUGUAAAAUAGAGAGGCGGCAAUCCUAUUGCGUUGAUGUACAAUUCCUUAAAGGAUGUUUCUUUUGGUUAGGUGUCUCGACGGGCUUUGGAAAUGGCAGUGUGCUCUAUGCGUUUUCUUUUUGAGAGCACAGUGGACUACCAGUCAUCACAAGGCUGUAACACAUACUCGUAUCCUAGUCAUUCAUUCCAUCUGGUCCUCGAACCCAGAAAAAGAAAAAUACAACCCUGUGUUUCUGA